GUGUGGGUGGGGCAUGGAGAGAAAACGCAAGGACCGGUGAGCUUCAAACGGUCGUUCUUCAUUUUCUGGCGUUCUGGGCAGGACGCUAGAGCCGGGGUCCAGUACUCUGAGGAAAGGUUGGCCUGCAGCACUUGCCGUCAAUGCUUACCCCUUUACAGUGGUCUGAAGUAGUUUCUUGAUAUCUUGGCAGCUGAAGAAGCUUAAACAGAAGAAUUUCAUGUUGCACAGUACAAAAGCAAAAGGUGUUUCCAGUACAGCCAUUAUGAGUAUGCAAGAUUAAGAUAAAAUUAAAAGCAUACUUUUUAUGUCAGGAGCUGACUUUCUAAGAACUGAAGGCCAUGGAUGAAGAUGAAAUUGAAUUGACCCCACAAGAAGAAAACUCAUUGUUUGGUGGAAUAGGAGCUGAUGCAGUACACAUGGAUGGUGACCAGAUUAUUGUGGAAGUACAAGAAACUGUUUUUUUAUCUAAUUCAGAUGGAACUGUGCAAAAUUUUGUUCCUGAGGAUCCAGACUCAGUUAUAAUUCAAGAUGUUAUUGAAAAUGUUCUUAUUGAAGAUGUUGACUGCUCACAUACUUUAGAGGAAACAGAUAUAUCUGACAAUGUCAUUAUUCCUGAGCAAGUGCUCGAUUUAGACACAGCUGAAGAAGUGUCUUUAGCCCAGUUUCCAAUUCCAGACAUUUUAGCUUCCAGUAUCACAUCAACCUCAUUUAUGCCUGAACCUGUCUUGAUGAGUGAAGCUAUACAUGUGUCUGAUGUAGGACAUGUUGAACAAGUGAUUCAUGAUAGCCUAAUAGAAACAGAAGUCAUCACUGAUCCUCUGACAGCUGACAUUUCAGACAUACUGGUAGCAGAUUGUGCUUCUGAAGCUGUCUUAGAUUCCAGUGGGAUGCCUCUGGAGCAGAAAGAUGAUGCCAAAAUCAACGGUGAAGAUUAUCUAAUGAUUUCUUUGGGUGAUGCUGGCAAAACCGACGAAGGUUCCUCUGAAGUUACCAUGAAUGCAAAGUCAGAAACUGAUCCUUGUAAAUCGGAUGGAACAUCUCCUGAAGUUAUCAAGGUAUACAUUUUUAAAGCUGACUCUGAAGAGGACAAUGUAGGAGAAACUAUAGAUGUUGUAGAGAGUGAGAUUGACAAUGGUAAUGAAGCUGAAGUCACUGAUCAGUGCAGCAGUAUUCAUGUUCCCAGAGACAGCACAUGUAUGCCAGCCAGUGAUUCUCAAAAGGAAGAAGAUAUUAGAGAUGAAAAUGCUGGUGGCCCACCUGCAGGUACUCCUGAGCAUGAACAACAGAUGGAUGACAGUGAAAUAAAAGCAGCUUUCCUGCCAAUUGCGUGGACAGCAGCUUGUGAUAAUGAUUCUGAUGAAAUUGAAGACUAUAAUGUUACUGCAAGUGCUGUCUUACAACAAGAUGAAUCUGGUGGCCUUGACAGUGUAGCUAAACAUAAAACAAAAAAGAAAAAAGAUCAUAAUGUUACUGCAAGUGCUGUCUUGCAACAGGAUGAAUCUGGUGGCCUUGACAGAGUACCUAAACAUAAAACAAAAAAGAAAAAAAGACCUAAAUCCAAACAGUACCAAGCAGCAAUAAUUGUUGCUCCUGAUGAACAAACUUUAAUAGUCUAUCCUUGCAUGUUUUGUGGGAAACAAUUUAAAACCAAAAGUUUCUUGAAAAGACACAUAAAAAACCACCCUGAAUACCUUGCUAAGAAAAAAUACCACUGUACUGACUGUGAUUACAGUACCAACAAGAAGAUGAGCUUACAUAAUCACAUGGAGAGCCACAGGCUAACCAUUAAGACAGAAAAGACCGCAGAAUGCAAUGACUGUGGGAAGCAUCUUUCUCAUGCUGGGACUUUGUGUACUCACAAAACAAUGCAUAAAGAAAAAGGAGCCAACAAAACAUAUAAGUGUAAGUUCUGUGACUACGAAACAGCUGAGCAGACACUAUUGAAUCACCACCUUUUGAUGGUCCACAGAAAGAAAUUUCCUCACAUUUGUGUAGAAUGUGGCAAAGGUUUCCGUCACCCAUCAGAACUCAAAAAGCACAUACGAGUUCACACUGGAGAGAAGCCCUAUGAGUGUCAGUAUUGUGAGUACAAGUCUGCUGACUCUUCUAACUUGAAAACACAUAUAAAAACUAAGCAUAAUAGAGAGAUACCUCUGAAGUGUGGCAUCUGUCUCCUGACUUUCUCAGACACCAGAGAGGCUCAGCAACAUGCUGUUACACACCAAGAAAACAGAACACAUCAGUGUUCACAUUGCAGCCAUAAAAGUUCAAACUCAAGUGAUUUAAAGCGACACAUAAUUUCAGUUCAUACAAAGGACUAUCCUCAUAAGUGUGACAUGUGCAGCAAAGGGUUUCAUAGGCCUUCAGAACUCAAGAAGCAUGUGGCUACCCACAAAAGUAAAAAAAUGCACCAAUGUAGACACUGUGAGUUUAAGAGUCCAGAUCCAUUUCUGCUGAGUCACCAUAUUCUCUCAGUUCACACAAAGAAUGUUCCAUUUAAGUGUAAGAGAUGUAAAAAGGGAUUUCAACAACAGUGUGAGCUUCAAAAGCAUAUGAAGACCCACAGUGGCCGGAAGGUGUAUCAGUGUGAGUACUGUGAAUAUAGCACCACAGAUGCCUCAGGCUUUAAGCGGCACGUUAUCUCCAUUCAUACAAAAGACUAUCCUCACCGCUGUGAGUACUGCAAGAAAGGAUUCCGGAGACCUUCAGAAAAGAAUCAACACAUAAUGCGGCAUCAUAAAGAAGUUGGCCUGCCCUAAGUGUAUAGUGCUAACCUAUAGAGAUGUUGGCUUUGAAGCAGGAAAUUGAUUUUAAAAACCAGUCAUUCUUGUUCACUUCCAAUAUUAUGAAAUUGUUAAGUGAAUAUAAAUAUGGAAUUGCUCCCAUUUGACUUUAUGUUUUAUUAAAUAGCAUAUUCUGUAUAUCCUUUAAGACUUACGAAGUGAGAGAAACACAUUUUCUUUUAACAAUAUAAUCCCUGAUUCUGUGUUGAGAUUUUAGUCUUAGAAACCUAACUAUCAUACCUUACUCAUCUUGGUGGUGGUAUUUUUCUAAGAAAAAAGUAAUAUAAGUAACAUGAAAAGAAACAUUGAUAGAAAAUACAGGCAUCGGAGAUACUGCUAACAUAAAUGAGAUCUUUUUCUGAUAUAUCUCACUAUGAAAACAGGGAAAUAAUUUCCUUGUCUUAGUAUUUUCAGAUUUUUGACAAUGCAACUCAUUAUUUGAGUAUCUGCCACUGCUGAUUAUAAGGUGCUGCCUGGGUUUGGCUUUGUUUCAUUUUUGUUUAUUCAUCAUUUUCAUUUGGCUUGUAGUAUUUACUGUUUUCCUCCUAUAAUACAGCAGAAUUUUAGAAAAUACAUACUUUUUCUUGUUUUGUAAAGUUCUGUAGUUUGUCUUGCAGUUUUGUUCUAUAAACAAGAACUACUGUAGAUUAAGUUAUGCAGAUUUGUAGAAGUUCAUUGUGGCUUGUGGAGUGCUUUAUAAGUUUGGAAUUGAAAUGCAAUUUAAAUUUUAGGUAUAUCUGUUUCUUCCUUAAAAUAACAAAUCUUUGAUGAAAUUAUUUAAAUUACAAUAACCUGAACAACCCAGAGACAUAUGUUAUCAUUUGUAUACUUGGUGUUCAGAAAAACUAAAACUCAGGUGGAGAAUUAGAGAGAAAAUAAGGAGCUUAGUAAAAGUAAUGGUAUAAUUUUUUUUGGGGGGGGGUCGUCAAGACAGGGUUUCUCUGUGCAGCCCUGGCUGUCCUGGAACUCACUCUGUAGACCAGGCUGUCCUUGAACUCAGAAAUCCACCUGCCUCUGCCUCCCAAGUGCUGAGAUCAAAGGCAUGCGCCACCACUGCGUGGCAGUGGUAUAAUUCUUAACCUUGAUAGUUGAAAAAGAAAAGUUAAGGCUUUUUAUAGACAGAAUAUUUUAAUACAAUUUCAGGAUUGUACUUGAUUUUUCUAGAAAGCAUUGAAAUCCAGGUCUUUAUUUUUGUCUGAAUAUUGUCUUUUAAUGAAAAGGAAAACAUGGAGGAAGUUAUGAUAUUUUAUAAACUGAGUAAGUUCUCUAAGAAUAUAGAAUUGGCAUUUUCAACCACCUUUUAUUCUUCUCAGCUUGUUUUUUCUUUGGUAGCAUAUAUAUUGUUAUUUGCUAGAAAAUAAAAAUUGGUUAUUUUAAUUUUUGAGAAGUAACAUUUUAAAGGCAUUCCUACUUGUAAGACAUAUAAAAUGAGUCCAGCUCAUUGGAUUUGACAAGUUUUGAAGAAAACAGUCAUUUUGUUUCUUUUAUAAGCUACUGGUAUGUGGGAAGAACUUUCUUAAGAUAAGCAGCACCUUUGGCUCUUAUGGCACUUCAUAUUUGUUUCUGCUGCUACUUUUAUUUUUUGUGCCAGUGAUACUUAUUAUAAGAUGUUAUAUUCAUAGGAUUAGAAUUUUACAUGCUCUGAGAUAUGCUAGAUUCAAUGCUAACAUAGUUUAGAAUCAUAGGAAUCCAGUUAGAACUGUUAAGUAAUUGGUGCUUUACAUCCUCUGAGAUAUGCUAGAUUUAAGUUUAAUGCUAAAAUAGUUUAGAUACAUAGGAAUUUAGUUAUUCCUAAGCAAAGGUCAGACUGGAUUUUGAAACCUCCUUUACAUUCUAACACCUUUUUUUAUCCUGUUCAGACUUUAAUUGCCAUUCAAUGUAGUGUACUGUAAAACUCUGUUCUUUACACCUUUAAGAAUUUUGCUUUUUCCUGAAGUAAUAUAAAAUUUAUGUUUAAGUGAAAAUCUUAACUAUAAGAAUUUAAAUAAAAUAAACUUAAUGCUUUUUAAACUUUGUGUUUCUCAUAGUUACCCUUAACUAUUAUUUAUUAUUUUUAAGUAUACUAGACUUUUGAAAAGUAAUAAUUAAAAGCUUGGUAAAGUAAAUGUGAUAUAUUUACAUAGAAAUGGAUUAUACUUAAAUAAUUUACUGUGACAGUAUUUUUUUUAAUGAUUACCAAAGCUGGAAGAGUUGUUCUAGCCAAACCUUUAUUUAAAAAAUACAAAGUCUUAAAGGAAAUGAAUUUGAAAUCUGAAAUUGCCUGUUAACUAUUCUGUCUUUUCUUUGUACACAUUAUAAAAUACACCAAAAUGCUUAAAGGAAGUGAUCCUGUAAAAGUGUGCUUGAGAAUAACAUACAGAAAUAAAAUAAGGUUACUUUGCUAUUC